CAAAAUGUCCUCUACAAUCCGUGACCUCACGCGCUGACGUCAUCAUACCGAGACGUUUUCAGCAGGAUAUGUCGCGCGAAAUUUAAAGUUGCACUUUAGUAAACUAACCCGGCCGUAUUGGCAUGUGUUGCAAUGUUAAGAUUUCAUUAUUGAUUUAUAAACUAUCAGAAUGUGUGGUCGGUAGUAGUGGGUUUCAGUAGGCCUUUAAGGCUGCUGAACACAUUGUUCAGGUUUCUGUACGGAUCAAUACGGUUUCAAAAUGAAUACUGUAUUUUUAAAUAUUGUUUUGCAUGACAUUUUUAUACAACAUUGUUGUAUAAAAAAGAUUACAAAAAAGAAAACCAUGGUGACUGUAAAGGCGGGCACAAACAUUACUGCCGCCAGACAAGUUGACGAUAGUGACGUAGGCCUAGCGCAUGCGUGGACCAAUCGGGUCUCGAACCGGUUGCAUCGGUGUAUCGCUGUUGAGCGUAGCAAUCACUUAUAAGACCGAAUCCAAGCAACUUUUCCCGUUCGUUACGCAAACUGCAACCAAACACAGAAAGACAACACACAUGGUCACACAGAACACAAGCUGCUAACUGAACCUUGUGGAGAUAACAAAUGUCCAAACACUGUACAUAAUUCAAAAUGAAACCUAUUUAAAGCCACUAGAAAGCAUGGUGACGCAUUUUAGAUGCUUGGUAUUUCUGAUUCAUUACAAACUUUAAGGAAGUCGUCACGGAAGUAAACAAGGUAGGAGUUGGGUUUCUUGCCAAUACAUCUUAUAAUGUCUAAUCUGCUGGCAGUUAGGUAAAAAUAACUUUGCUGUUCUUGUUUAACAGGUUUUGACUUUGGCGGAUCACACCCAGUUACUUGCUCUUGUCUUCAAUUGAACGCCAUCAAGUGGAAUGGUCAGAUCGGUGAAACUGAAUGGUCCGCAAUGGCCUACCAACAAGUCCUGCUCUAUGUCAUCUGCACUUUGACAGCAGUUUCUGCACAGGAUGUGAAAUAUUUCCUGAAGGGGCAGGACAUACACUUGGCGCCGUCCAUCUCUCAACGACCCAUUGGAAUUCUCUGGCUACAUAAUAGAAAUGAUGUGGUAUUGUUUAUUCGCACGGAGGAUGUUGUGUAUCCUCCAUACAAGAACAGAGUCGCUUUGGAUUGGCUCUCUGCAGAACUCACCAUCAAAAAUGCCACCUAUGAGGACAGUGGGGUCUAUGACUUGGAUGUUAACAUAAACAAUAAGCUGCAUACUUUCCAGUAUAGAAUUGAGGUUAUAGACCAAGUAUCAAAACCCAACAUAUCCUGUGAGAGGAGCGACACACAGCAGGCGACGCUUGUGUGCUCAACAGAGUCCAAACAACCUCAUUUAUUGAUGUUUAAGUGGUAUUCACGUGGAAAAGAGUAUACCGGACCAAAUUUAACUGUCUGGAAUGAAGAUGAUGGUCAAGUUUAUCGUUGUGAUGUCAGCAACCCUCUGACCAAUGAAACGGCUUCAUUCACUAACGAUUGCUUCCUGGACAAAAGAUCAAAUUCUUCAGUGAUAACUGCCAUCCAUACUACCCUCAUUGUGGUCAUCAUUGUGUGUUGCUGUGUAUUAUAUAUAAAACGUCACCAUUUAAAAGACCUGUUGAAAAAUAUCCAACACAGAAGACAAGGGGCAGUAAAAGAAUGGAACAAUGAGCUGGACUCGGAAGAGACCAUGACUCGCCUCAUGGCUUACCACCACCAAGACACCGUCCAACUUGAGGACAUCAGCAAUAAUCAGCAGGUGUGUCCGGACGCUGCGGUGAAAGGAGACCCUAUUGAUACCAGCAUCUCCUGCAGACUGCAAACCCACAGGAAAUGUAGCAGCUGGGCAGGUACCACGACACCCUAUUUCUGGGACACACCCAAUCCUCCCACCGAAGGAACAAUCGGUGUGAAACAGGAGUGAAGGAAGCCAUCUGUUCAACUUAGAGACAAAAUGGAGGUUAACAUCAACUUCUUCUCAAAUAGCAUGCUUUAUCAGCAUCACGCUUCAAACCCUGCUGUCAAAAGCUCUGCACUACAAAACGUGCUCACAGUCACCAUUAAUCCUGACUUCAUUUUGACUUGUGAAAAAACAACUAAUCAGCCAAAAAAUAAAGUUUAGUGUGAAUAAGGACGAGCGUAUUGUUCAUAAGAGUUGCGUGUGGACUGCAGGCUGACGCCUGUUCAAUAAAUGACGCGAGCAAGGACCCGUAAGCAAGCAACACCAAAACUUUGAUGUUUCAUUGAGAAGACAGAACAUUACACGCGGCGCUCGGAAAUGUGUCAAAAUGUUUUAGUACGACUUUGGUAAGCUACGAAGCCGCACCGCUUGAUGGAUUGUUGACGUACCGUGCUUCAACAUACGAGUAUUAUUAUGGUGUGUACAAAGACCCCAAAAUGGCACCUAUUUGGAGACAUAUCAUCUGGCGUUUUGUUUUGCAAACAUAUUGCAUAUUAGAAUAGAAAUUGAAAGAGUAAAUGAAACCAAAUUUCUAGGUAUAAUGUUUGAUGAUAAAUUGAACUGGAAAUCUCAUGUAAAAAAAAUAUACAACAUAAGGUGGCAAUCAAUCAAUCAAUCUUUAUUUAUAUAGCCCUAAAUCACAAGUGUCUCAAAGGGCUGCACAAGCCACAACGACAUCCUCGGUACAAAGCCCACAUACGGGCAAGGAAAAACUCACCCCAGUGGGACGUCGAUGUGAAUGACUAUGAGAAACCUUGGAGAGGACCGCAUAUGUGGGUAACCCCCCCCCCCCUCUAGGGGAGACCGAAAGCAAUGGAUGUCGAGUGGGUCUGACAUAAUAUUGUGAGAGUCCAGUCCAUAGUGGAUCCAACAUAAUAGUAAGAGUCCAGUCCAUAGUGGGGCCAGCAGGACACCAUCCCGAGCGGAGACGGGUCAGCAGCGCAGAGAUGUUCCCAGCCGAUGCACAGGCGAG